AACCUCCAACAAAGAGAAAACAAGGACCCAUCGUCGCCUCGCCUAAUCAUCAUCCUUUCCGAUGCCUCGCACCGCCGCCGCCGCCGCCGCCGCGCCGCCGCCGCUGCUGCUGCUCUCCGCCGCAGCCGCCAUCGCCAUCGCCAUCGCCGUCGCCGUCGCGGCCCCCGACGGCCACCUAGUCGCCAGCCUCCCGGGCUUCCAUGGCGCCUUCCCCUCCAAGCACUACUCCGGGUACGUGACGGUGGACGAGGGGAGCGGGAGGCGGCUGUUCUACUACCUGGUGACGUCGGAGCGCGACGCGGCGGCCGACCCCGUCGUGCUCUGGCUCAACGGCGGCCCGGGAUGCUCCAGCCUCGACGGCUUCGUCUACGAGAACGGCCCCUUCAAUUUCGAGCGUGGCAGCGAUCCGGGUGGCCUCCCAAAUCUGGAGCUCAACCCCUACAGCUGGUCCAAGGUUUCCAACGUGGUGUACCUCGACUCCCCUGCUGGUGUUGGGAUGUCGUACUCGUUGAAUAAAUCAGAUUACACGACAGGUGACCUAAAAACAGCGGCUGAUGCACACACCUUCCUUCUGAAGUGGUUUGAGUUAUACCCUGAGUUCCAGUCAAAUCCGUUCUACAUGUCGGGAGAGUCAUUUGCAGGGAUCUACAUUCCAACACUAGCUGAUGAAGUUGUAAAAGGGAUAGAAAAGGAUCUGAAGCCAAGAAUCAAUUUUAAGGGAUAUCUAAUUGGCAAUGGAGCAACUGAUCAGGACUAUGAUUUCAAUUCGUUUGUGCCGUUUGCACAUGGGAUGGGUCUCAUCUCAACCGAAUUGUUUGAGGAUGCAAGUACUGCAUGCCAUGGUACAUUUUGGGGCAAAGUUAAUAAUCUGUGCCAAGAAAAGAUAGACAGAGUGCAUUGGGAACUCAAGGACCUGAACAAGUACAACAUCCUUGCUCCCUGCUACCAUCACCCUGAAAUUCAAGAAUUAGAGUUCAAGAACAGCAGCUUGCCAUCAAGUUUUAGAAAGCUAGGUGAGACAGAGAAGCGAUUUCCAGUGAGAAAGCGAAUGGCUGGCCGCUCUUGGCCUCUCCGUGCUCCUGUGACUCGUGGACGCAUGACGAUGUGGCCUGAACUUGGUGGUAGAUCACUCCCCUGCACGAGCGACGAACUUGCUAAUGCAUGGCUGGAUGAUGAAGAUGUAAGAGCUGCCAUUCACGCGGAACCGAAAAGCUUAAUUGGGUCAUGGGAACUGUAUACUGCAAGAAUAGAGUACUACCAUGAUACUGGAGACAGCAUGGUGAAGUACCACAAGAAGUUCACAGCCAUGGGAUAUCGCGCACUUAUUUACAGUGGAGAUCAUGAUCUCUGUAUUCCCUAUGUCGGAACGGAAGCAUGGGUUAGAUCCAUGGGAUACCGAGUAAUUGAUCAUUGGCGACCAUGGUACUUUGGAGGGCAAGUCGCUGGAUAUACACAAGGUUAUGAACACAAUCUCACUUUCCUCACCAUAAAGGGAGCUGGACACACUGUCCCGGAGUACAAGCCCAAGGAGACGCUUGCGUUCUAUAGCCACUGGUUGUCCGGGAAGAAGAUUUGACAUCAAGAUCAACUCGUCGUAACAGUUUUGAGCCUCCGAAUGAAAAAAAAAAGUUGUAAUCUGUAAUCUCAACAGGCAGACAAGUGCAUUUGUCCGUAAUCUGCAUCUAGGGAUGUGAGCAGUCCCAGUACUACCCCCAUAAAAACCUUCCUGAUAAUUUAUUUGCUACAUGUGAUAGCAUAAAAUUCAAUUGCCCGAUCCAUUUA